AUAAAGCAUUGUCGUGGAAGCUGCUGGGGACGAUAAGAGGGAAAAGUUAAAGAUUAAAACAAAAUUAGGGCUGAGGAAGAAAGAGUCGGUUGGUAUCAGGUUUAAAUAAAGGAAAAUCAAAGCAUCAGCAGGGUGAAAGAUGUCGUCGUUAUCUCUGAAUCCUCUUCCAUCAUGCGCAUCGUCGAAAUCGGUGAGAACUGUUCGUCGAAAGCAAGUAAGAAGAGUGUCUAUCAACUGUACUAAUGAUUUUGGGGCCAAAGCAUUUUUCCUCAAUCCUUCCGAUGAGCGUAUUCUUAAAAAAGCUUUAAAGGAGCCUGUUGCUUUCAUGGGUGGGAUGUUUGCAGGGCUUCUGAGGCUGGAUUUGAAUGAAGAUCCGCUCAAGGAAUGGAUUGGCAGGACUGUGGAAGCCUCUGGGAUGUCUACAGACGAAGAAGGAGAAGACGAAUCUGAUCCUAUCAAAAAAUCACAAGAAUCCCCCCAGCAGAUACAGAUUGAAUAGAUAUUGAUAUUCCGGUGUGUAAAUCAAACAUUAUAAAUCACUUCUUAAAUCUCAACUACUAUAAAUCAAUGGUGUAUGUGUAUGUGUCUUUCUUGUCAAA